AUGAAUGGGACGAGGGAAGCGUCCAAACAGUGGGCGGCCAAGAUCCUUCAAAACAAGAAGAAGUGGGGGUUCUUGGAGAUAGAGUCUGUGCCAGGGCUUUUCUAUCAUCCAACCCACGAUCUCCUAGUGUGCUGUCACGGAGAUGACUUUUUGGCUUCGGGCGAGGACGGCUACACGUGGGAAGCAGAUGGAAAGUACGCGAGGCUCCUCACAAAGGAGCUCCACUUGGAAGGAGGCAAGGGUGUAGACACACCUGCCUCGAAAGAGACAGGGAAAAACGACAGGUUUGCGGAGGAGGAGCUGCCACCAGAAGAGGCCAGCGAGUUCCGCAGGCUUGCGGGCACAGCGUUGUAUCUGAGCCUUGAUCGGCCCACGAUACAGUUUGCAGUGAGUGACAUCACUGCUGGAAUGGCGAAGCCGAGGCGCAUCCAUAUGCACCGGCUCAAGCGCCUAGGUCGCUACCUGCUCAAGUUUCCUUCAGACCCAAGGACACGCAAGAGUAUGAGCGGGUAUGUGGAGAUGUUCGGUCACCACAUGAUCGAGACAAGCUGUGCGAGACAGGCCACGGUGGCCCUGUCUAGUGGUGAAGCCGAAUACUACGCUUUGACGCGUGGUGUUGCGGCAGGCCGAAUGUCGCAACAGAUUUGGCAGAUCGUUGGCUAUGAGCUCCCGCUUAUAGCCAAGACAGAUAGCACAGCAGGAAAGGGCAUAGCCCAAAGGAAGGGUGUCGGAAAACUGAAACACCUGGAGCUAAGAGAGCUUUGGCUGCAAAGCUACGUGCAGGACGGGAAGGUCCAGAUCCGAAAGGAGCCAACUGCCACGAACGUUGCAGACUUGGGGACGAAGGCCCUAAACGGGCCGAGGAUCCAAGAGCUGACCAAGAUGCUGCCUCUCCGAAGGGGCUUCGUGGCAGCGAUCUUGGCAGCUUGUGUGAAGACGGCUGCGGCACAGCCUCAAGAAGUGGAAGGUGUUUGCCGGGCUCUGCAGAAGACGCAGGGCAGUUACAACGAGGAGCUCGUCGACACAGACGGCAAGCUCGACGCAG